AUCUGAACCUUUAGGCAUUAAACCGAACAAUUCUUUUCAGAUUUUAGUAAUUUUUUUUUUAUUUUUCUUAAUCUGAACCUUUACAAGAUUAGGGGAACGUGGCCCAAUUCGGACCUCCAAAGGUCUACGCAUGAGGUAAAAUUAAAUAAAAUAAAAAAUAAUAUUCUCUUUGGUAUCACUUUUAAAGCCCACUUUAAAAUUUUUAGAUUUUUUAGCGAAUAAUCCGAAUAUUUUCAUUCAGAUAAACACCCUUUGUUCGUCCUCUUCGUAUUCUUUUAAAUAUAUAUCUGAUCUGAGAGAAUGUUUUUCUAUUCUUGUUUAUUUCUCAUAUCGUUUCGAAAUUAUUGUUAAAUUAGCUAAUUUAAAUAAUCAUGAGGAAGCAGCAGCAGCAAAAAUUUGACAAGUAACAAAAACACGGAAUAAACAACCAUUUUAGUUGCAGACGAAUGAAGACAAUAUUUAUAAUUUUUCAGGGAGCAACUUGUGAAAACUUGAUGGCAGUUUUCUACAAAAAUUGCACGAAAAUAACGUCAUUGUUAGUUUUUUUUAUAUCUUUGAAACAUGCACACUAAUGUUUCGUCAAUGAGGUCUAACCCUUUCGCGUCCACAUUAAAACAUUGAAAACUUUUUUUUUAUCAAAAUUUUCAUUGUAUGGAUGCUUUCACAGAGAUUAUUUUAGGACCUAAUUUAUAUAAAUUCAAUACAUUUCUAAGUUGUAGAAAAUAAAUUCAGAUAAAUUUAAUGUUCGCGUUUGAGCCUACGUCUGACUCAAAAAAAAACGCUAAAGGGUUAAAAAGAAAUUUUAUUUUGAAACAAAUUAGGUUUGAAAUAAAGCUUCAAUAAACCCCCAAAGAUAAAUUGAAUAUCGUUCACCAAGUUUAUCUGGAAAUACGGUAAGUAAUUUUAGUCAAGCCCGAACAACGCCUACACAUUAUGAGAUAAACCAAUACAUACAUUAAAUUGUUUAAAUUACGCACAAGUGCAUUAAUUCCAUUUUAAUCUUUUCGGUUCUUUGAGUCACACUUAAAAUCAAAACUGAAACAUUUUAUUUUCUUGAAUUUUAAUGUAUUUAAUAGAAUUUUCAGUUUUGGAAUGAGUUGAAUUUACGUAAAUUAGGUCACUAAAGACGUUUUGAUGGAAAAAUGUUUUCUAAUGGCGGCAUCAAGAGAAUAUCAUGAUAAACAAAGGCCAUGUUUAUAUGUUUUACGUGACCGCGAAAGGGUUAAUUUUUAAUUUAAUAAAUGCAUUUUUCCAUUUUGAGAUAGAAAUAAUUUGUAUAAAAGGAAUAAAGUUGUAGCUCGGAAAUGUCGUUAUAAAACAAUAGGGGCAGUAUGAUAAAAUUUGAAAUAUUUUCAGGGAACUCAGGAAAAAAAUCUCCCAAUUUGCCCAAUGUAUUUUCUAUUUGCCUCUUUGCUUCCCCUUUGAUUUAUUUUAAAGUCAAUUUUGAAAUGAAAAAAAAUGUAAAGGUUCUCUUGCAUUUUUUUGAAUAAUUAAGCCUUAAUUCAAAUUUUAAAAUACAUAUUUUAGAUUUUGGAAUAUUGUUUUUUUAUUAGGAAAAUAUUUUCUUUGAUUUAGAACCAUUUCUUCAAUAAAGGUUUAAAUUAGAGCUCCUAAAAGUGCGCAAUGAUUAUUGGCUGUGGGAAUACAGUAAGAACGGUAAGUUAGUCAAGCUAGUAAAGGAAAUUGCCUACAUUAUGAGACAAUCCAAUAAUAAAUUUGUUUUAAUUAAGAAAUAUGAAAAAAACAUUUUUGUGUUUUUAUAUUAAUUUUAGUUGUGAUUUAUUUAAAAUUCAAAGUAAUUAAGUCAUAAAAUAUUCCAGGUGGGAAGUUUUAAUUAUUCUUAUUUAUCAUCUCCUCAAAGGUGACAGGUGUUUGCAUUUCUUUCCCAAUUUUAAUUCUGAUAUCAAUUUGUUGUUAUAAUUAAAAUGCCUAAUUAUUUUUAUUUUAACUCAUUUACAACCAUUUAGGUCGUUAGUCCCAUGAAGUUUUUAGUUUUGCAGAAUUUUUUUUAAUAGUUAUUCCACAUUUUACAAAGCUGCCAUAGAGGACAAAUUCUAGGUUUUUCAAAAUUUACAGAUUAACUAAAAUUGUAAAAACGGAUAAAAUUCAAAAACGUAUUUUUUCACCAAUUUUUUUUUUAUCUACGGUCCUUUAAGGUUUUUGAUGUAGCUUUAUACACUUAAGUUUCUAAACUUAUUGCAAAGAAUUCACUAUAGUGAUGUAUAAAACAUAUAAAGUUAACAUCCAAUUAAGGAAUAAAUAUAAAAAAAUUACAAAUUGUUGUUCACUUGUUUUUUCUAGAUGCAAGAUAUUAAAAUAAUUAUUAAAAAUAAAGAUGCAUGAAAAGAAAUUUAUUAUAAAGUAUUUUUUUGUUAAAAUUCAUCAUAUAUAAACAGAAAGUUUUCAGGUAGUUAAUCAGUAUUUCUUCACUAUUCUUUUGGAAUUAAUAUAAAAUUGCAAGUGCUCAACUCAGUUGUUUCCUUUAGCAGCAAAAGUUAUUUUGUGAUUCUUCAUUGCAACCUUUCUUCAAGUGCCAAGAACUUUGCCCCAUAUUAAAAAUUAAAAUUUGCCUACAAAGUGUAUGAAUUAGUAAUAAAUUUACUUAUUAGUCUCUGCUUAAGACGAGUUGCAUUAACAAUUUACAAAGCAUUUGCAGUGUAUGUUGUGUGCAGUGAAGGACUUUUUUUUUCAAAGUUCUUUAACAAUCUUUUAGGUAUAAAAUUAUAUUGAGUGUUCCGUUCAAUCAAGAAAGUACUUCAAAUGAAAAACAUUUAAUUUAUCUAUUAAAAGAAAUUAAUUUGUGAGCAUUUAAAGUGUUUCAGUAAAAAUAUUUUAUUAUUUGUUAGUUAAUUGAUUAUUUAGAAAAAAAAAACAAUUUUACGUGUUUCUUUUCUACUACGAAUCCUAAUUACUUUUUACUGACUUUUAUUAUUUCUUUUUUAUCGUCUUCAAAAGAUAAGGAGAAACAAUUAAAGUGCAAAAUGACAGCUCAAUCUGUGAAGAAUAGUUUUACUAUCAACGAUAAUAACGACUUCGAAGAUCUGGAGUAUGGAAGUUAUUCCGGUGAAAUUGUCAUAUCUGGCUUCUCUGGUCAUCUACCUGAGAGUUCCAACAUUGAGGAGUUUAGAAAUAAUCUCUACAACGGGGUUGAUAUGAUUAAUGAUGAAGAACGUCGUUGGCCUAAGGAUAUGAUUGACAUACCUGUGCGUACGGCAAAACUAAAGGAAGAAGAUCUGGCCAAUUUUGAUCAUAUCUUCUUUGGAGUCCAUCAGAAGCAAGCUGAGGCAAUGGAUCCCCUUAUUCGGAUGCUUCUUGAAGCUACUCAUGAAGCCUUUGUUGAUUCAGGAUACAACCCCAGGGAUUUACGAGGAACUCGUACCGGUGUGUACAUCGGAGUUUCAGGAUCAGAGCAAGAGCAGUAUUUGAAUAAGUUCCCUGAUUUAGUAAAUGAAUACGGAUUAUUGGGAUCUGUACGUACCAUGUUUGCCAAUCGGCUCUCGUAUACAUUUGAUCUGAGAGGACCUAGUCAUGCUGUCGAUACAGCAUGUUCCAGUUCUCUCUAUGCAAUGAGACAGGCUUUCGCGGACAUGCGGAGUGGACACUGCGAUGCAGCCGUAGUUGCUGGAGCUAAUCUUAUUCUACGACCUACGGUAACGAAGCAAUUCUAUAAUCUCAAAAUGUUGAGUCCUGAAGGGAAUUCACGAGUUUUCGAUGAAACUGGAAAUGGGUAUGUGAGGGCUGAUGCGUGCGUUGUGAUGUUCCUGCAGAAGGCCAAAGAUGCCCGUCGAGUUUAUUCAACAAUCCUCAAUAUAAGAACAAAUACAGAUGGCGCCAAGGAGCAAGGGAUAACCUACCCAAGUGGUCUAAUGCAGAAAAAACUCAUUGAAGAGACUUUUAAGGAAAUCAACCUAAAUCCUCUGGAUGUUGUUUACGUUGAGGCUCAUGGAACGGGGACUGUUGUUGGAGAUCCGGAAGAAGUAAAUGGAAUAUGCGACAUCUUCUGCAAGGAUCGCAUGACUCCGCUUUUAAUUGGCUCAUUAAAAUCCAAUAUGGGUCACCCAGAGCCAGCAUCAGGUGUUUGCUCUGUUGCAAAGAUGCUCAUUGCUAUGGAGGAAGGUAUCAUUCCAGCGAAUCUGAACUACAAUAAACCAAAUCCUAAAAUCUACGGACUCAUCGAUGGACGUAUGAAAGUGGUGGUCGAGAACACUCCGUGGAAUGGAGGAAUUAUCUCUCUGAACAACUUUGGAUUCGGUGGUACGAAUGUUCAUGCCAUCCUGAAGUCCAAUCCAAAGAUGAAGGCCAUCAGUCCUCUUGAUGGACGACUUCCGCGAUUGGCUGUUGUAUCAGGCCGUACUGUUGAAGCUGUGGAGACUCUUCUGAAAGACAUUGAAGUUCAUAGACAGGAUGAAGAGUACUUUGCUCUGAUUAAUGAAGUUCACAGUAAAAACAUUCCUCUGCACAACUUCCGAGGCUACGCUGUUGUUAGCAAAGAUGAAGUUCUUUCUGAUGUUGUGGAACUGUCUGAGGAAAAGCGCCCAGUGUGGUUCGUGUACUCAGGAAUGGGCUCUCAGUGGGCCCACAUGGCGAAGGAACUGAUGCAGAUCGACGUCUUCCGGAACAGCAUUUAUCGCUGCGCUGAUGCUCUACGUCCAGAAGGCAUUGAUCUCAUUGAUGUAAUGACUAACAUGGAUGAAUCUAGCUUCGAUAUUCUGCAUAAUUUCAUUUCAAUCACCGCAAUGCAAAUUGCUCUUACGGAUGUUCUGAUACAUCUUGAGAUCAUUCCUGAUGGGUUUGUUGGUCAUUCAGUUGGAGAGUUGGGUUGUGCUUACGCUGAUGGGGGUCUCACAUUGGAACAGACCGUUCUUGCCUCGUAUUUCCGAGGAAGAUGCAUUGUGGAUACGGAAUUGAUUUCAGGAAUGAUGGCAUCUGUUGGUUUAUCCUGGGAGAAAUGUUUGAGACGCCUGCCUGAGGAUAUUCUGCCUGCUUGCAAUAACAGCGCGGACAAUGUCACGAUAUCUGGACCUACAGACGCGGUUAACAAAUUCGUAGAAACCCUGAAGAACGAAGGAAUAUUCGCUAAAACUGUUAACGUAUCAGGCAGGGCUUUUCACAGCAAGUACAUAGCAGAUGCAGGCCCAUUGCUUAAAAAUUCCCUUGAUAAGAUUAUCCCGAAUCCAAAGGAUCGCACUGAUAAAUGGAUAAGCUCAAGUAUUCCUGAAGCAGAAUGGAAUUCAUCACUGAGUAAGAAGAGUUCUGCAGACUACCAUGUUAACAAUCUCCUAUCUCCAGUUUACUUCCAUGAAGCCGUUCAGCAUAUUCCAAAAAAUGCAAUUUGCAUCGAAGUAGCUCCCCAUGGUCUCCUUCAGGCUAUUCUGAGGCGAUCCCUUGGGCCAGAUGUUACGAAUAUCAGCCUCGUAAAGCGCAAUCAUGAGAAGAAUGUUCAGUUUCUCCUGAGCAACAUUGGAAAACUCUACGCAGCUGGAGCGCAACCAGUUGUUAAGAAACUCUUCCCUCCGGUAUCCUUCCCCGUAGGACGUGGAACACCGAUGCUCAACUCAAAGAUCAUAUGGGAUCACUCACAGAAGUGUGAAGUACCCUUCGCGGGAGUAUUUUUCAAUAAAACAACUACAUCUGGGGAAACAGUUGUGGAAAUCAAUCUCAACAAUGAGGAAGAUGCUUUCUUGGCAGGACACAUAAUAGAUGGUCGAGUCUUGUACCCUGCUACAGGAUACAUCAUGCUAGCCUGGAAACAGUUUGCAACCACUCGUGGAACUACCUACAACCGCUUGCCUGUUGUCUUUGAAGAUGUUACAUUUCAUCGAGCAACAAUCUUGCCUGCAAAUGGGUCUGUGAAACUUGGAGUCAAUAUGUUGGAUGGAACGGGGAAGUUUGAAAUCUGCGAAGGAGGAUCGCUUGUUGCAUCAGGGUUCAUUCGUGCUGCAGAGGACAUUGAGUAUGAAUUGUUGCCAUUAAAUCCGCUGUGGGAGUCCAAAAAUGGUCUAGCAUUGAAUGCAAAUGAUAUCUACAAAGAGUUGCGUCUCCGUGGGUACGACUACAGUGGAAGAUUUCGUGGUAUUGUACAGGUUGACCCAGAUGCAGAUACUGGUAAGUUGGAGUGGAUUGAGAACUGGGUAUCAUUUAUGGAUACAAUACUUCACUUUAGUAUCAUUGAGACAAAAUACCGUGAACUGUACCUACCAAAACGGAUUAAUAGGAUUGUCAUUAAUCCAGAAAAGCAUUUGGAGUUAGCAGCUCAGUACUGCACAGAUGAAGGCGGAAAGUCAAUUUUCCCAGUUUACAUGUACAAGGAUAUUAAUGUUGUUAAGAGUGGUGGAGUUGAGAUAAGGGGUAUUGAAGUAUCCUUAACUCCAAAGCGUCAAAACUCACAUGUUUCACCAGUGCUGGAGAAGUAUACCUUUGUUCCGAAUUUAAACAGCUUCGUCUUGUCUGAUGAUCUGAAUACAGCAAAGCAGUAUGCUGUUACAUGUUCUGUGCAACUUGCCAUUGAAAACUGCCAAGGGGCACUCAAGAUAAAGACAGCUGAAGUACUUCUUGGCACGAAAAGAGAUCUACUUAGUCCUUUUGUAAAGCAGGUAAUUGAGAAUGAACCAGUUUUGGGAAGUGACGCAGCAGUUGUGGUUGCAGAAAGUGCUCCUGAGUUGGAGCAGAUGAUGAAUGAUGCUGAAAUUCGUCUUGUUGUCAAGGAUAUUGAAGCAGGAGCAGUGGAAUUUGGUUGUCACCUGUAUAUUGCUAAGGAUAUUUGUGAGCAUCCCAAGGCUGAAUUGAUAUUUAGAAAUCUCAAGGAGUCCAUCAAGGAAGAUGGCUUCAUCCUGCUUGAAGAACCAAUCAAGGAGAUUUCUGCUACAACACUCUUUGACAAGCUUGGUUUGACCGUAGUUUCAUCGCAAGUUUCCUCAAAUAGAAAGUAUCUCCUUGUUCGUCCUGUAUUUGACAUCAGCUCUAAGAAGAUUCAAGUAGUCAAUGUAACUGAAAAGAAUUUUGACUGGCUGGAAGAUCUCAAAUUGACCCUUCGUACAGCUGAAGAUGAGAACAAGUUGGUGUAUAUUGUGUGCCAAGGCGAAGAGCUAUUUGGAGCUGUAGGCCUAAUGAAUUGCAUCAAGAAUGAAGCAGGUGGCAAAUUCGCAAGGCUCUUCUUCAUACAGGACACCAAUGCUCCAAUAUUCUCUACCUCUAAUCCCUUCUACAUGAAACAGAUUGCCAAGAAUCUCAUCAUAAACAUUCUUAAGGAUGGUUCUUGGGGUACUUUUCGACAUCUGAAGCUGGAUUGCGAAGGGCAGACACGGCUAGUUGAACAUGCCUAUGUAAAUAACCUGAUCAAAGGUAAUCUAUCCAGCUUCAAGUGGAUUGAGGGACCUUUCAAUCACAAUCGUCCUGACCCCAAUUCACUUGAUGAGCUAUGUACAAUUUAUUACGCACCUUUGAACUUCCGUGACGUCAUGCUGAGUUCGGGGAAACUCGCUGAUGAUGACACACCAUUGGAACAUGGGGAAUGUGUUCUUGGAAUAGAAUUUUCUGGACGUGAUUCAAAAGGCAAUCGUGUUAUGUCGAUAGUUCCAUCAAAAUCUCUCGCAACAUCAUGUGUUGUGAAGAAGUCUGUAAUCCUAUCCGUUCCAGACUCAUGGACCCUUGCGGAUGCAUCCACAACUCCAACUGCUUAUGUGACUGUAUUUUAUGGGCUUGUGGUGCGUGGGAAGAUGAAGAAAGGAGAAUCUAUUCUUAUUCACGCUGGAUCAGGAGGUGUUGGACAAGCUGCUAUUUCCGUUGCACUCAAAAUGGGUUUAACAGUUUACACGACCGUUGGGAGUCAGCAAAAAAGGGAUUUCCUCAAGGAGACCUUCCCUGAGUUGACGGAUCGUCACAUUGGAAAUUCUCGUGAUUGUUCCUUUGAACAGAUGAUUAUGCGUGAGACUCAAGGCAAAGGCGUUGAUCUAGUUCUGAAUUCUCUAUCUGAUGAUAAAUUUAAAGCUUCGGUGAGAUGUCUUGGAUUCAAUGGGAGAUUCAUAGAGAUUGGAAAAUUCGACAUUGCCAAUAAUACUGCUCUGGGAACAUCUGUUUUCUUGAAGAACACCAGUUUUCACGGAGUCUUCCUAGAUUAUAUUUGGAGUUGGGAUGAUGAGACAACUGACACAGUUUUACAGCUCAUGCGUGAUGGUAUUGAGAGUGGAGCUGUUCGACCACUUCCCAUAACUGUAUUCGGUAAGGAGCAAGUAGAGGAGGCUUUUCGUUACAUGGCCAGUGGAAAGCAUAUCGGCAAAGUUGUCCUUAAAAUACGUGAAGAAGAAGAAGAGAAUCAAGUUAUUCCUGCUCUUAACCUUAUCCCAGCUAUGCCGAGAACGUACAUGUACUCAGAAAAGACUUAUGUAGUUGUCGGUGGACUGGGUGGACUAGGUCUUGAACUGAUUAAUUGGUUAAUUUCCCGAGGAGCGAAAAAUAUUGUAGCUUCAUCCCGUAAUGGGAUCCAGACAGGCUAUCAGUCCUUGAUGGAAAGACGUUGGAAGAAGAAAGGUGUCAAUUUCGUAGUGGACAAGAGUGAUGUAACAACAAAAGAGGGAACUGAACAACUUCUGAAACAGGCCAUUAAACUUGGUCCUGUGGGUGGAAUCUUCAAUUUAGCUGCUGUGUUACAUGAUGCGCUGUUUGAUGAUCAGCAAGAAGGAAACUUCCAAAAAGUAUGCCUGCCUAAAAUCAAUGCAACGAAGUGUCUUGACGCAGCAUCACGUUCACUGUGUCCUUCCUUGGACUACUUUAUCUGCUUUUCAAGUGUUUCAUGUGGACGCGGGAAUAUUGCUCAGACGAAUUACGGAAUGGCUAAUUCGGCAAUGGAAAGGAUAUGCGAGGCUCGUCAAGCAGCUGGAUAUCCUGCUACUGCCAUACAGUGGGGAGCUGUUGGUGAUACAGGACUCAUAAUUGAACACCUAGGUGACAAUAAUACGAAUGUGGGAGGCACACUGCCUCAGAGAAUGUCUUCAUGCCUACAGACAAUGGAUCUCUUCAUGAAACAACCUCAUCCAGUUCUUGCAUCAAUGGUUGUUGCGGAGAAGAGGAAGGUAGACAGUGCUGGACAAUUGAGUAUUGCUGCCUGCGUCGCAAACAUUCUUGGCAUCAAGAACAUUCAAAAAGUUCCCAACGGAUUAUCUCUCACUGAUCUGGGAUUGGAUUCACUCAUGGGUACGGAAAUAAAGCAAACACUCGAGAGGAACUACGAUUUGGUGUUAAGCGUGCAAGAAAUUAAGCAGCUUACUUUUGGAAAAUUGCUGGAGUAUGACAAGGAAGCUAAGACGUCAUCUAGGUGUGAAGAGAUCAGUGAAGAAACUGAACUAGUCCCAGACGAUGAAUUCACUAAGAACUUAAUACCAAAAGAAGUUCUGGUUCAUUUACCAUCAAAUGCUGCUGAGAAUAGCCAACAAAGGCCACUAUUUGUUAUCCAUGCAAUUGAAGGCUUUGUUGAUGCUAUAGAGCCCGUAGCAGCUGAGCUAAAUUGCCCAGUUUGGGGACUUCAAUGCACCGAAAAUGUUUCCCAAGAAUCAAUUGAGGAUAUGGCCAAAUUCUACAUCAGCCAAAUCAAGACAGUUCAGAGUAAGGGUCCGUAUAUUGUUGCAGGAUAUUCCUACGGGACGGUUAUUGCCUGCGAAAUGGCACGACAGUUGGAGACUGAGUUUAAGGAAGCAGUCAGUUUGGUUCUGCUGGAUGGUUCACCACAACUUGUGAAGAUGAAAUUUCAGCAGAAACGACUAUUCAUCAGUGAAAUCAAAGCUGAAGCUGUGGGGCCCUUAUUGUUGCACUUUGCAACAAGGCUUGUUGGACUCCAGAGAGGAUUGACUGUUAUGAAAGAAUUGGAUGGUCUUCUCACGUUAGAAGAAAAGCUCAGAAGAUACAUUGAAUUACUACACAAAACUACUCAGCAUGACCAAGAAUUGAUACGCAUUGCAACGGAUUUAUUUAGUAAAAAAUUUCUAAUUUGUGAAAAAUAUCGAGUAAAUGGAAGAAUAAGAUCAGACGUGAAUCUAAUCAAAUGCUCAACAAAGGACUUCAAGAUUUCAGAAGAUUUUCAAUUGAGUGAGUUCUGUGAAGGAGAAGUGAAAGUACAUGUUGUUGAUGGUAAUCACCGUACAUUCAUCAUGGGAGAAUCUGCACGAAAAGUUGCAGAAAUUAUUCAAAAAAUAGUUGAUAAGGUUUAGUAGGAAUUUGACAAUUUAGUUAGAUUGGGUGAAAUUCACUAGUCAGACAGUUUUAAAUUUCCUUAAGAAAUCUUAUGAUUUGUUUUUUAUUAAAGGAAAACUUAAAAUUUCUUAAGUCAGGCUGAAUUAGGCUAAAUGUAUAUUUUUAUGAUUUUUAAGAAUUUCGAUGUCUUAAGAUGAUCAAGAGCAUUUUUUUAAACUUAAGAAAUAUAAAAUUGUGAUCAUCUUAAGACAUUGAAACUCUUAAAAAUCAUUAAAAAAUAUACAUAGGUACAUUUAACUUAAUUCAGCCUGACUUAAGAAAUCUUAAGUUUUCUUUUUAAAAAAAAACUUAAGAAAUGUUAGGUUUUCUUAACUUUUCUUUGGUUUUCUGUAGUUUUUCUUAUAAGAAAAUUAAAAAAAUCUUAGGAAUUGUUAGGUAAACUUAAAACUGUCUAAUUAGUCAGACAAAUUAAAGAUUCCUUAAGAAAAACUUAAAUUCUCUUCAGAUCCCGAAAAUUUUCUUAAGAUUCUUUCAUUUUUUUUAAGAAUGUCUAAAAUUUCUAAAAAAUAAUUUAAAAUUUUUAGGUUUUUUUAAGCGAAACUUACGAUUUCUUUAGUCAGGCUGAAUCAGGCUGAAUACACAUUUUUUGAUGAUUUUUCUGAUCCGCUUCGGGCAUUGAAAUUCAUAAAAAAAAUCAUAAAUAAAAUAUGACUCAAUUUAAUUAAGAAAUCUUGAUGAAAACUUUAAAAUCUAAAAUUUUUGUUAAAAAAUCUUAUAAAAACUUGAAACAUUCUUAAGACAAUUCAAAGAAUUUUGAGAAAACAUUAAGAUUCUAAAGAAAACUUAAGUCUGUCUUAAAGAAUCUUAAGUCUAUCUGACUGGUGAUUUUCACCCAUUGUUAAAGAAUUUCAGAAUUUUUAUUCAAAAUUAGGUGAAAAAGAAUCUCUAAAUGUAAAGGUCUGGGCUAUAAUAAUAAAGAUUUGUGCUAAAGUUGAAUCUGUCUGAUCACUUCCACUCUUUUACUAAAAUUGAUGCAUUUGAGGAAAAUUAAAUAAAAAAUAAAGUUAAAUGUUAAUUAAAACGCA